GCCAAAUUGAAUUGAACCAGCAUUGAAUUGCUGGCCCUCCGUUAGUCUGUCCAAUGGUGCUGCCUACAAAAGACUCCCCCAUGCAUCUACGCGCCCAUCCACUCCCUCAUCUACGUGCCCCUAGUCACCAUCCCUCCUGGCGGGACGAAGCGGCCUGCUCAGCUUCACUCCACGCAACCACAACAGUGUUCAUUCACCCUCAGCUCACCACUUGUGCACUGCCAUGCAACGGCCUAGGAAGUUUGCAUGCCCCAAGUGCUCCAGACGUUGCACGCGCCCCAGUGAGUUUCGCGAGCACAUGGAUAUGCACGAUUCGGUGAAGCGCUACACAUGCGUCUGUAAUUAUACCAGCAGCUACAAGAGCAACAUGACACGCCAUCAACAUAGUUGCUGGUGGAUCCAGAAACAGGAGAAGACAAAGGGCACCUCAGGAAACGCCCAGAGCCGCUCAGAUGCCUCUCAGGCUACGGCCUCUCCAAGGGGGAGGAUCGAGGAAGGCACCCGCCGUUCAUUAUCCAGGCUCCCUGAUGCUAGCACCUCCCGGCCCUCUUCGUCACAAAUGUCCCCGCCUAUCAGGACUUCACCGCACCUAUCUUCCUCCAGCUCCAGCCCAAACUCUCGUUCACCAUCGUUGGGCAGUGAAGAUUCGUCUGUAAAUGUGGCCCUUGAGCGCCAGAACGCGACCUACCCCCCUUCUCCACCAAUCCCCAUGAUGUCUGGUUCGAGGCCUCGGCCCCAGUCACCAAUGGGACGUGAGUAUGGCGGCGCAGCCAUUCAUCAUUCGCAAUCGCGUUCUGCACAGGAAGCCCGUUACUUCGGCACCGAUGCGCUCACCACUGAUUCGCCAUCACCAUCAUCCCAGCUCCAUGAUGGUCGUCUUGAGCAACACCAACCUUUAUCACACGACUCGUCUGGUCACCCGGUGGUAUUCUAUCAUCAACGGCGUUCGUCAACAUCUCCCGUGUCUAGAUUUUCUCAUUUGACCGCACCCCGGAUUACGGAUGAUGCUCCACACGCUCCAGAAGUGCGUCGGUUUGCUGCGAACGAUGGCGUCGUCUAUUCUGAACCUAGGAAUAUGACAUCUCUCAAGUCCACGGAGCAGUCAACCGAUGUCUCCCUUGUACCCGCUCAGCGAGCUGCCCGCCUGCCGAGCUACAUGAGUAUCGACUGUCAAGGCCGCCCAAGUGCCACGUCUGAUAGUCCCUGGAAUGCUGGAGAUUUCGGAGAUGGUUUCGCAAGGCUGAGCCUUACAGACAGCGUACUCCCCCACGAUGGCCUCCGUCGCAACGCGCUUGUGCCUCCCUCGUCAGGACAGGGGGAAGCUACAUCCCCUGACACUGCAUCAUUUGCGUCGUACUGUUUCCCUGUUUCUGGGUCCCAGUCUUCCGCCCGCAACGUAGAGCAGCACCCCAACGUCGGGUACUCCGCGGGGCCGCAGGAAUCUUGGAUGUCGUUUAUCCAAGGAGCGGGCCUUCAGAUUCCGUCGCCUUUGGACGCCUUCGGCUCAUCCCUGCCCUCCCACCCCGCCAUGGGACUUUAUUCCGGCCAAUCUAAUGACCAGUGGGCAUUGUGGACACCCCCAGAGUCACCCUAGGUGAAGCCGGGAAGCUGUUGACUAGACGCACAUCCCUCACAGACCUCGUUUGUAUUAUCUUGCUAUCCAAUUGUUUGUGACGAGUAUUCGUUAUGAUAGUAACGAUACUUUCCACUGUCCCCCGUCAUGGACUACGGUCCUGGCAGGCCUCCUUUGUAUUAUGUCUUUUAGUUUUCAAUCGGUUCCAUUCCGUUUUUCUGCGUCCACGCUGUUGUCUUUACGGAUCUCAUAAUUCUUUUUAAAAUCUCGCGCCUGCUUUACGCCAUUCCCCAUUCCCUGGCCACCAAUCUCCAUUGCGCACUGAGAUUUGGGGUUUAUGAGAUAUACUGUUCGUUCAACUUGUUCUUUAGUGGUACUAACGCAUGAGAUUUACAC